CGGAGCCGCCCGUAUACUCCGUGCAUGGCUGGGGCUGCUCCCUCUGCCUCUAGUGAUCACACCCCGGCAGGACACACACUGAUGACACCCUGAGAGGGCGAGGACUGAGAAAAGUUGCCUGGAUGAAGCCCAGCCAGUCCCGGGAUCGCCAUUCCUCUGGGAAUGAAUAUACAAACAGAUUCCAUUUCCCUGACAGGACCGGGACGUCAGCAGAUGGUCCGGGAACAGUAUACCACAACAACCCAAGAAUCCGACAUAGAUCAUCCAGAGAAGCAGUAUGUCUAUAACAUUGGAAUCUAUGGCUGGAGAAAGCGCUGCCUCUACCUGUUUGUCUUACUUCUUCUUAUCAUCUUAGUUGUGAAUUUUGCUCUAACCAUUUGGAUUCUCAAAGUCAUGUGGUUCUCACCAACUGGAAUGGGGCAUUUGAAAGUUACAAGUGAAGGUCUUCGUCUUGAAGGAGAAUCAGAGUUCCUUUAUCCACUCUAUGCCAAAGAAAUUCGUUCAAGGGCGGACAAUUCCUUAAUUCUUCAUUCAUCGCAGAAUGUGACUGUCAAUGCACGUAAUGAUGAGGGGAAGAUCACUGGCAGAUUGACAGUAGGUCCUAAGGUGGUACAAACCCAUGCUCAGCAGUUCCUGAUAAACUCUGACAAAGGAAAAAUGCUCUUCUCUGUGGAUGACAAAGAAGUUUUAGUUGGGACCGACAAACUCAGAGUUACAGGGGCUGAAGGUGCUUUGUUUGAACACUCUGUGGAAACUCCUUUAGUUAGAGCAGAUUCCUCAAAGCAACUCAGACUGGAGUCACCUACUCGAUCUUUAACCAUGGAUGCCCCAAAGGGAGUCUACAUCAAAGCGCAGACUGGUGGAAUCGAGGUUCUUUCACGGAAGGACAUUAAAUUACACAGCAACGAUGGCAUGGUUGUGCUAGAUGCUGAAAAAAUAUUUAUGCCAAAACUGCCUCAAGGAUCAAAGAUGAACCCUGGAAGUUCUCAGGACCUCUAUGAAGUUUGCGUCUGUCCUGAUGGAAGACUCUACCUAUCUGUGGCUGGGUCGACAUCCACUUGCCAGGAAUACAGCCGUGACUGUCAAUAAAAGACUUCUUCGACCACUGGAAAUUUGCAGUCCCUUUUAUAGAACGUGGAAACUUUCACUUUGUUGGAACAAAACACAUUGAGAAUUUGGUUACUAAAACUACAAAAUAUGUGGGAUGUUUAUUUGUAUCUGGAAACAUACUUUUAUGAAAAAAUAAGGAAAUAUUUUUUUAGACACUGUAAAAUAGCACAAGUUAAUUUGGACUUGGAAAUAAACCAUCAUUUAUUGGUCUUGGCUAAUAGCAGAAAAUUAAGAGCUGUAGCUCCUGGAGCUCAGCCACUUAAUAAAAUGAGUAUUUUGUCGCGUCACUGAACUGUUACACAUUCAUUGAACCAAGUAAUUAAUUGAAAACCAUUCUAAUUUUUUUUUCUCCUAUUUCAAAUACUUUUCUGCUUGUACCACAUUUUAUGGUAAUAAUGCGAUCUUAAUGAUCUGUUUCCAACAUUUGAAACAAAUGAAUAGGUGCCAGCAAUAUACUAUGCAACCUACCCUGCAAUAACAUAUUAUGCAGUCUGCUGUUUUUAUUGCAUGUUAUUUUUGUGGUAUAUUUUACAUUGCUAAAUUUGAAAUGUUUGGUGGCAACUGAUAAAAGAAUGAAAAGCUA